AUGACCAUGGAUCCCGACAACAACCCCAAUAAUAACAAUAACAAUAACAACAACAACAACAACUUGAACAACAACAAUCGUCUGCGGUUGAACUUUCAGUUCGACAACCAGCACAACUACGAUGCUGCCAAUGCACGCAUGUAUCCUACCACUCCUUCCACGUUCCCUCAGCCAAUCUAUGGUGGUCAGCCAGAAUACCCAGGCGGCAUGUUGUCUCCCAAUCCCACCACCACGAACGGCUACUUCCUGAACCAAGGCUAUUCUCAAGCGAACCAGCAGGCUCAGUACCAGCAACAGUACCAAUACCAAACCCCCGCUGGUCUCCAGUCCCCUCAGCCGGCAUACCAAGCAAACUCGCGGACCUACAUGGCCAACAAUAAUCAGAAUGACGGCACUACCGGCCUGAUCCAACAGUUCUCCAACCAGGACUUGAGUGCAACACCCUCCCGUGGCAACGCCAAUCGAGCACCAUCUCCUGCCAACUCGCGUCCUCGAACCGCUGGUGACGCUAGACAAGCGCAGGCUGCCAACUACCAGAACCACCUCGCCCCUCCCCUCCCUAGACCAUCCCCCAAGCCAGAGGAGGAGGAACAGAACCCACGCAAGUACUCUGACAAUAUCAUCAAGAGAGGGACUGCUGCGAAACAACUGGUCAACAGCUUCUUCCAGGAGAACAUUGAGCGGGCACGUGACCGUAACAGCCGUGCAAAGGAUCUGGAUGCCCUGUUGAAGGAUCCCAAUCUCAGUGAGAUCCAGAAGCAGAAGGAGAUCAACACGUUGGCUCAGAAGGAGGCGCGUUUCCUGCGAUUUCUUCGUACCAGAGAGACACCGCAGAACUUCCAAACCAUCAAGGUCAUCGGCAAAGGUGCAUUUGGAGAAGUCAAGUUGGUCCAGCGCAAAUCCGACGGCAAGAUCUAUGCGUUGAAGUCUCUGAUCAAGUCCGAGAUGUUCAAGAAGGAUCAGCUGGCCCACGUGCGAGCGGAGCGCGACAUUCUUGCGGAUUCUAAGGACAACCCAUGGCUUGUCAAGCUUCAUGCCUCGUUCCAAGACUCGGCUUUCCUCUACAUGUUGAUGGAGUUCUUGCCCGGUGGCGACUUGAUGACCAUGCUGAUCAAGUACGAAAUCUUCUCCGAAGACAUCACUCGGUUCUACAUGGCUGAAAUUGUCAUGGCGAUCGAAGCGGUUCACAAGCUUGGCUUUCUUCAUCGUGACAUCAAGCCAGACAAUAUCCUGUUGGAUAGAGGUGGUCACAUCAAGUUGACGGACUUCGGUCUCUCCACCGGUGGUCGGAAGCAACAUGAGAACUCGUACUAUCAAGCACUUCUUAAGUCGAAUGCCACUGACAAGGCGGGAAAUCGCAAUUCGAUGGCUCUGAAUGAGCAGAUCAAUCUCACCGUUAGCAACCGUGGAUUGAUGAACACUUGGAGAAAGUCUCGUCGUCACAUGGCGUAUUCCACUGUUGGCACUCCCGACUACAUUGCUCCCGAGAUCUUCCUGGGUCAGGGUUACACUUAUCUCUGCGAUUGGUGGUCUGUCGGCGCGAUCAUGUUCGAAUGCUUGGUUGGUUGGCCACCCUUCUGUGCUGAAGAUACCCACGACACCUACCGUAAGAUUGUCAACUGGCGUGAGACACUGUAUUUCCCCGAGGAUUUGGUUUUGGGACGAGAUGCUGAGGACAUGAUCCGAAGCUUCCUCUGCGACGCGAGCGAUCGUCUGGGUAGGGAAGGAGGUGCCAUUGACGGCGCAUCAUCCAUCAAGAGACAUCCAUUCUUCCGAGGUGUUGUCUGGGAUCAAUUGCGAAAGAUUCGAGCACCAUUUGAACCAAGACUCUCUUCCAACAUCGAUGUCAGCUAUUUCCCCAUCGACGAAAUCCCGCAAGAGGACAAUAGCGCAGUUCAUCGAGCACAUGCCCGACAGGUUGCUCCAGAACAAGAUGCGGAGAUGAGCUUGCCGUUCAUUGGAUACACCUACAAGGCGUUCAAUGCAUUCCAGAACUCUUGA